AGGGGCAUGUUUCAUGCUGCUGCUGCUGCUGCGUUUCACAGAAAUUCUAGAUGAAUAACCAUAUUUGUCUAUAAAUAACAAUCCGCCCAAGUUUCUCUCAUGUUCAUCCAUUGCGACUUUUCAAAACCCACCCUCCUUGUAUUGAAUUUGGUUCUCCUUAUAUAUAGAUAAUAUAGAUCGAGAGAUAGAGAGAGACAGAGGGAGACACAUCAUCAGCAUCAGCCUCGCUCUCUCUUUCUCGAUCUUUUUCCUUUCUGUGUCAAGAUCAACAAACAAUAUCAAUAUAUAAUCACCCCCGCAGCCAUGGCGGCGAUUGCCUACCUCUUUGCCAUCACUAUGACUCUGGGCAUGGUCUUUGCCGCCGUAGCUGCCGAUCCGGAUUCGCUUCAAGAUGUCUGUGUGGCGGACCUCGCUUCAGGAAAUAAAGUCAAUGGAUACCCUUGCAAGGACAGCUUCAACGCAACCGACUUCUUCUUUGACGGGUUGGCAAAGCCCGGUUUGACCAACAAUACCCUGGGCUCGCUGGUGACUGCAGCAAAUGUUCAGAAGAUCCCAGGCCUCAACACCCUGGGCGUCUCCCUUUCCCGCAUUGACUUCGCCCCAGGCGGCCUCAACCCACCACACACUCACCCACGCGCCACUGAGAUUGUGUUUGUGCUCUACGGACAGCUGGAUGUUGGCUUUAUCACCACCGCAAACGUUCUGGUGUCCAAGACCAUCAAUCAAGGUGAGAUUUUCGCCUUCCCCAAAGGCUUGGUUCACUUCCAGAAGAACAACGCCAACGUUCCUGCCGCGGUGUUAUCCGCCUUUAACAGCCAGUUGCCUGGCACUCAGGCCGUUGCCGCCACCUUGUUUGCCGCUACUCCUCCUGUCCCGGAUAAUGUCUUGACUAAGGCUUUCCAGGUCGGUACCAAGGAGGUUCAGAAGAUCAAGUCUAGGCUUGCACCUAAGAAAUAGAAAUCCAAUCCGAAUGCCACCACCUACUAUUUGCCCUUUCCUUCUGUGUUCAUUUUGAUUGGAUGCUUCAGAUAAUAAAGAGAGAACAUAUUUCUAUCGUUAAUCUUUUUUAUUGAAGAAUCCCCAAUGACGAAUAUUGUUCCUGUGGUCGUGUAAUAUAUUUUCUCAAUUUAUUUAUUGAGCUUUGACAGCUGCUUGACUGAA